CGAAGUUGCUAACUGCCCCUCCACUCACAACUCCUUUAACUCCUUAAACUCGUUAAUUUUUUAAUUCUUCCAUCCGAAGUCUGAACAUUUUCCAAAGUUGCGACUGAAAGAAAACGUCAUACCAAUUCCCACCACAACAGUCUUUACGCCUUUUUCAGUUCAGCAAUCAUGGCCACUCCAAGUGAUUCUGGCAUGAUCAUGUCGGAUGCCCCAGUUCGGGCUGCUGCCUCUACUCCUAAGCAGAGAAACAUCAGAGGUUCUUCAGCCCGACCGCGAGGGCCUCCUUCAGAGAGUCUGGCAGCUCCUAGCGACGACGAGGCCGAUGGUUUCGCAGAUGAUCAGAUCCCUAGUCGUACGAGACGGAGAGAUCCGGCUAGCAUUCCUCGGGUUGAAGAUAGGAUUGGUAUCACCGUCCAGGAACAUUUUGAGAACUUUAUCGAGGACUUUGUUGAGGACCCCGUAUCUUCAGGCGCGCCCACAUCGAGUGCUGUGACAACAGACAAAUUUUAUGUCGCCCAGAUUCAUGGCAUGCGUAUAUACCAAUUAUCAACAUUCUACGUCAAUUAUAACCACAUAUCAAGUUACCAAAAUGGCGGUCUAGCCAACGCCAUAAAUACCCAAUACUACCGAUUUCUCCCCUUCCUCACAAAUGCCCUACAUAAUAUGAUCGCCAAGUACGAACCCCAAUACUUCCGCGAACAUCGACAAGCGACCACAUCUAGCGGUCAAACAACUUCGGGAGCAAGCAAUGUUGGCUCGGGAAGCCAGUCAGAACUCCAGGGCAGCAAGACAGCGAAUCAACAGACAGACAAGCUGUUCUCCAUCGCCUUUUAUAAUCUCCCCCUCGUCUCCCGAGUUCGUAGCUUACGGGCUAAGAACAUUGGACAACUUCUCUCCAUAUCUGGAACUGUCACACGUACAUCUGAAGUGCGGCCAGAACUCUCAUUAGCGACAUUCCUCUGUGAGAAUUGUCGCUCAGUUAUCCCCAACGUCGAACAGACAUUCCGAUAUACCGAGCCUACACAAUGUCCUAACGCAGAGUGCGGAAACCGUCUAGCAUGGCAGCUUGACAUACGGCAAAGUACGUUUGUUGAUUGGCAAAAGGUCCGCAUUCAGGAGAACAGUUCGGAAAUCCCUACAGGUAGCAUGCCACGAACGAUGGAUGUCAUCCUCCGAGGUGAGAUGGUCGACCGUGCCAAGGCUGGAGAGAAGUGUAUCUUCACGGGUGCGUUAAUCGUGGUGCCUGAUGUAAGUCAGUUGGGUCUUCCCGGAGUCAGGCCUACUGCGGUCAGAGAUGACAGAAAUGCGCCGCGUAGCAACGACGUUGGUGGGAGUGGUGUCUCGGGUCUCAAAUCUCUAGGUGUUCGAGAUCUGACUUACCGACUGGCCUUCCUUGCUAAUAUGGUCACUCCUGAUACUUCCACACCUGGCCAAUCUGCUUCUCGCCAGGUUCAUGAUAUCAUCAACUCGCUGACUCAAACGGCUACUAAUGAUACCGCCGAGUCUUCAGAGGAGGCCCAGACGGGCGUGUUGAACUCUAUGACACCAAGUGAAAUCGAUGAGCUCCGUGAGAUGGUCCAUAGCGAUCACAUAUACUACCGCCUCGUCCAGUCGCUUGCGCCUACAGUGUAUGGCCAUGAUAUUGUCAAGAAAGGUAUUCUCUUACAAAUGAUGUCUGGUGUCCACAAGACUACAGCUGAAGGCAUGGCCCUGCGUGGUGACAUCAAUAUCUGCAUUGUCGGCGACCCGUCUACCUCAAAAUCCCAAUUCCUUAAAUAUGUCUGUUCUUUUGCGCCUCGUGCGGUCUACACUUCCGGAAAGGCAUCCUCCGCCGCUGGUCUCACAGCUGCGGUUGUAAAAGACGAGGAGACGGGCGAUUUCACUAUCGAAGCUGGUGCUCUCAUGUUGGCUGAUAAUGGUGUUUGCUGCAUUGACGAGUUCGACAAGAUGGAUAUCGGCGAUCAAGUCGCCAUCCACGAAGCGAUGGAACAGCAAACAAUAUCGAUCGCCAAAGCUGGUAUCCAGGCCACUCUCAAUGCCCGAACCUCCAUUCUUGCCGCGGCCAAUCCAGUGGGUGGAAGGUAUAAUCGAAAGACAUCGUUACGGCUCAACAUCAACAUGUCGGCGCCUAUCAUGUCCCGUUUCGAUCUCUUCUUUGUCAUCCUUGACGAGUGUAACGAGACUGUAGACCGUCAUCUAGCGGAGCAUAUCGUCGGUCUCCACGCCCUCCGCGAUAGCGCCAUCGAGCCUGAAUUCAGCACCGAAUGCUUACAGAGAUAUAUCCGAUUCGCGCGCACCUUCCGUCCGGAGUUUACCCCUGAAGCCAAGGAACAUCUAGUCGAGAAGUACAAGGAGCUACGCGCGGAUGAUGCCCAGGGUGGUAUCGGCAAAAACAGUUACCGAAUCACGGUCCGACAGCUGGAGAGUUUGAUCCGCUUAUCGGAGGCUAUCGCGAAAGCGAAUUGUGUCGAGGAGAUCACGACCGAGUUCGUGGACGAGGCGUUCAAUCUUCUACGACAAAGUAUCAUCUCGGUCGAGCACGACGAUGUUGAGAUGGACGAGUAUGACGAUAAUGAUAGCCCCGAGGACUCAGCGGCGCUCAUUGCCGCCGCUGACCAAGCUUCAGGGGCUGCCCAGCAAGACCAGGACGAGGAGGGUGACUCGCCGAUGGACGAAGCCGAUAACGCCGGCGAGGGUGCAGCGGACAGACAGUCUAACAGCAGAGAGCCGAGCUCGGCCCCGGCGAAGAAGAAGACGGCUAUCACGUAUGACAAGUACAUUGGUAUCGUGAACAUGGUCGUGGGUCGUGUCAGCGAAGACGAGGCGGCGGGCGCGGGCGAGGGUGUGGAUGGCGAGGAGUUAGUCCAGUGGUACCUGGAACAGAAAGAGGACGAGCUUGAGGGCGAGGAGGACUACAAUAAGGAGAUGGCCAUUGCGAAGAUGGUGCUCAAGAAGAUGGUCAAGGACAACAUACUCAUGGCGGUCCGAGGCGAAGGGCUAGCCGAACAGGUCGAGGGCGAAGGCGGGUCUUCUGCGCAGCCGCAGAAGGUGGUUUAUGUCUUGCAUCCCAACUGUGCUGUCGAGGAGUACUAGGGACGAAUGUGAUGAAAUUAAUGAACGAAUGGAUGGAUGAGAUGAAUAAAUUCCUUGAUCUGCGUAAUGCUAAGGGGCGAGGGUUGCUCGUUUACGUAUCUAUCUUGGUGCCUACAUACUUGGGUACUUGGGUAGGUAUGUAUAUACACCAUGCGUAGGCUUUAAAUGCCUAUCGAUGAUAUACGAGAAGGAGAUGGACGGAGAGAAGGGGAGGAGCGUCA